AUGUUAUCUUAUGAGAAAGCAUUAUUUAAUGUACAAGUGAUACGAAAACACUUCUUCAAGGAUAAAGCUUACCAAUUAUAUUUAUUUGCAGACGAAUUGGUGAUGACUGAUGUAACUUGAUGAUCAAAUUAGGAUCCGACUAAUCUUCCAAAAUACAAUUUAAAAACGAAUUUAACAACUACAAUAAAGUGGAUAUGUGAGAAUAAAAGGAUAGUGGCUUUCGAAUUUUCUUAUAACAGCAGACAAAAAGAAGUGUAUGGACCCAAAUUAAAUCUCCUUAAAGAAAUGCUAGCUGGAAAAGUGUUUUUUAGUCCGGUGUCCCAGUUUUACUAAUUUCAUAUGGAAAUUGGUAGUGGAAUGACAGGAUCAGUUUAUAGAUGUGUUUCCACAGAAAACAACGAGAGCUAUUAUGCCAUAAAGAAAGUAGAUAAGAUGAAAAUAACCUAAAAUGACGGAGCUAUAGUAAUGAUUCAUAAAAAUAAAGCCUCAAUUAAUACAUGAGCUAAGCUUAUUGAACUAAUUAUAGCAUCCAAGUAUAGUUAAAUUAAGAGAAACCUAUGUGGAUGAAUAAAAUUAUUAUAUAGUGAUGGAAUACAUUAAUGGAAAGACUUUGCAUUCAGAAUUAUAGAGUAGACAAUAUGGACUCUCGGUUAAUGAGACAAUUAAGAUAAUGAAAGUAUAAAUUCAUUGAAUUUUAGGAAUUAUUGGAGGCAAUUACAUAUAUUCACAACAAAGGUAUAAUGCAUAGAGAUAUUAAUCCUUUGAAUAUAAUGAAAGCAGAAACUGUGAAAUUGAUAGACUUUGGUUUAGCAAGAAAAAUUAAGAAUCAACUAAUAUUUCCAACUUCAGGAACUCCUGGAUAUAUGGCUCCUGAAAUUAUAAAUUUUAGUAAAGACAAACCUUACGACGAGAAAGCUGACAUUUUUAGCUUAGGUUGUGUUCUUUAUAAAUUGUAUAUACAAUUAUUGAAUUAAGGUUGACUGGAGAGAAUCUAUUUAGUACAAAACAGGGUAAAUAGACAGUUUAUUAAUCUAAUAAAGAAGGAGUUUUUGAGUUGAAAAAGCAAUAGUAACAUCCAGAAUGUAAUUCCAAUAAAAUGGAUUAAUUAUUCGUAUCAAAAAAUUUGAAAUAAUGUAGAUUUUACUUCCUUAAAUGUUGGAAUCCAAUCCAUAGAUGAGAUUAAAUGCCAAGGUUUGUUUAACUGUUCUGGAGGAAAUUGAAAAUAACAAUCUUCAGGUUGAGAGACUAAUUAAAAAAAUAUUGAUUAGAAAAUAAUUGGCUUUUCAUACAUCAGAAGAUUAUUAUUAAGAUAAGAAGAGUGAUGAAAAAGUGUAAAAAUGCAAAUGUAGACAAUCUGUAGAUGCAAAUUCAAAAAAAAGUAUAGAUGAAAUUUCAGUGUUUUCUAAAAAUGUUAUGUUACAAAAUUAAUAAAGGGUUAUACUUCCUUAGAAAAAAUAGCCUUGA